UCGCUCGCUCUCAGGAUGCAGCUGGGGUGGACCCAGGGGGGCACGAUGUGGCUCCGCGUCCUGCUGACACUUCUGCUCUGUUCAAGCCUCGAGGGUCAAGAAAACUCUUUCACCAUCAACAGCAUCCAGAUGCAGAUCCUGCCGAAGCAGGAGGUGCACAACGGGGAGAACCUGACCCUGCAGUGCGUCGUGGAUGUUAGCACCACCUCGAGUGUCAAGCCUCAGCACCAGGUGCUGUUCUAUAAGGAUGACGUGCUGUUUCACAACGUCUCCUCCAUGGAGAACACAGAGAGUUAUUUUAUCGCCCAAGCCCGGGUCUAUGACGCAGGGACAUAUAAAUGCACUGUGAUCCUGAACAACAAGGAGAAAACGACUGCGGAGUACCAGGUGUUGGUGAGAGGAGUGUCCGAUCCCAGGGUGACGCUGGACAAGAAGGAGGUCAUAGAAGGCGGGGUCGUGAUGGUCAACUGCUCUGUCCCGGAGGAAAAGGCUCCAAUACAUUUCACAAUUGAAAAAUUCGAACUAAAUGUAAAAGGCGUCAAGCAAAAAAGAGAAAAAACUUCCCAGAACCAGAAUUUUGUGACGCUGAAAUUCACAGUUGAGGAGCAAGACCAUGCUAUAUGGUUCCAAUGUCAAGCUAGGAUCGUUUCCGGAACCCACGUGGAGCCCUCUAGAUCCAUCAGGAGUGAACUGGUCACCGUGAGGGAAUCCUUCUCUAAUCCCAAGUUCCACAUCAGCCCCAAGGGAACGAUCAUAGAAGGGGAUGAUCUCCACAUCAAGUGCACCAUUCAAGUGACGCACCUGGCCCAGUCAUUUCCGGAAAUCAUAAUCCAGAAGGACAAGGUGAUUGUAGCACACAGCAGGCACGGCAACGAGGCUGUGUACUCAGUGAUGGCCAUGGUGGAGCACAACGGCAACUACACGUGCAAAGUGGAAGCCAGCCGCAUAUCCAAGGUCAGCAGCAUCGUGGUCAACAUAACAGAGCUGUUUUCCAAGCCAAAGCUGGAAUCUUCCGCCACACGUCUGGAUCAGGGGGAAGGCCUGAACCUGUGGUGCUCCAUCCCAGGAGCACCUCCAGCCAACUUCACCAUCCAGAAGGGAGACAUGGUUGUGUCGCAGACUCAAAAUUUCACUAAGAUAGCCUCAGAGUGGGACAGUGGGACAUACACCUGCAUCGCGGGCAUUGGCAAGGUGGUCAAGAGUAGCAACGCGGUCCAGAUAGCUGUGUGUGAAAUGCUUUCCAAGCCCAGUAUUUUUCAUGACUCCAGGUCUGAGGUGAUAAAAGGACAGACCAUAGAAGUCAGUUGUCAAUCCAUAAACGGAACCUCACCCAUUUUUUAUCAGCUUUCAAAAGCAAGUAAGACUUUGGCGAGUCAGACCAUGGGCUCCAAUGAGCCCGCAAUAUUCAAAGAUAACCCAACGAAAGAUGUAGAAUACCGUUGCAUCGCAGAUAAUUGCCAUUCCCAUACCAAACUGGUCAGCGAACUUCUGCAGGUCAAGGUGAUAGCCCCGGUGGAUGAAGUCAAGCUCUCUAUCCUGUUGAAUGAGGAGGUGGAGUCUGGGAAGCCCAUUGUGCUUCGAUGCUCCGUGAAUGAAGGAUCUAGUCCCAUCACAUACAAGUUUUACAAAGAAAAGGAGGGCAAACCCUUCUACCAAGUCACCUUGAAUGACACCCAGGCCAUUUGGCACAAGCCAAAGGCUAGCAAGGAGCAGGAGGGACAGUAUUACUGCAUGGCCUCCAACAGAGCCAGUCUCUCCAAAAAUGUCCUCCAAAGCAACACCCUGACAGUCAGAGUCUAUCUUGCCCCCUGGAAGAAAGGACUUAUCGCAGUGGUUGUCAUUGGAGUGAUCAUUACCACCUUGAUACUUGGGGCCAGAUGCUAUUUUCUGAAGAAAGCCAAGGCCAAGCAGAUGCCGGUGGAGAUGUCCAGGCCAGCAGCACCACUUCUGAACUCCAACAAUGAGAAGACAUUGUCAGAUCCCAACACUGAAGCCAACAGACAUUAUGGUUACAAUGAAGAUGUUGGAAACCAUGCAAUGAAGCCAUUAAAUGAAAAUAAAGAGCCUCUGACCUUGGACGUGGAGUACACUGAAGUGGAAGUGACCGCCCCUGAGCCUCACAGAGGUCUGGGAACAAAGGGCACGGAGACGGUGUACAGUGAAAUCCGGAAAGCUGACCCCGCCCAGACCCCACUUCAUUUCCCAUUUCCACUGCUUCCUCAUGGAGAGAUUCCCUGGGACUGA